AUGUCUCUCUCACGUAAUCCUUCAACUGGCCCUACCACGGAAUCAAGGGCUUCACGCAAAAGGCAUGCCGCUUGCGACGAAUGCAGGCAGCGAAAGUUGAAAUGCUCUGGCGAAGCCGGCGGCUGCAGUCGAUGCGUGAAACAGAGUCUAUACUGCCACUACUCGAUCCAGAAACCAAUGGGCCGCCCUCCGAAGUCGCGAGCACGACAGGAGGAUGCACAGAUACCAGUGACAGCACCGCAGUUUCCUGAUUAUCCUCGGUGUAUUCCUGGCAUGGUAGGAUCGCCGCCAUUUUCACUCGCGGGCUCUACCCGCGCGGUUCCUGGAACCACCAUGGACGCUCCAUACACUUCCUAUAUGAUGUCACCAGAUCUGUAUGCCGCCAGCAACCCAACAUACGGGGAACGCGGCCCUGGACAGACACCCAUCCAGCUUCCGGUGUCGUCUUAUCCGACACAACCGUCGUACUCGCAACCAUCUGGUGGUGGCAUGUUCACCCCACCACCGUCGUCAACUACUUUCCCAAUAAGUUCUGUCCCUGUAACAGCCCCCGAAGCAUACCGGCAACUACAACCACUCUCACCUUGUUCAUGCGUCUCUUAUAUGUAUCUCUGUCUCAAUUCCCUGUCCACACUCACUUGCUUUCCACCCUCGUCUCAAACCCUCUCCACCCUCUAUAACGCAGCACGCAAUGCUAGAGGGGUAAUAUACUGCGAAAUAUGCCCCCAGGCCUUCAACAGCUUAGUGCAAAAUCUGAUGAUACUCGGAAGCCUUCUCAACGUGAUUGGGGACACCUGGUUCAAGGUCUCGCAUAUGGACGCGGAGCAAUUGGGCAGAAAUGUCCUCUCCCCGGCCUUCAUUGCCUCUUUACCCUCGGACCCUGGCGAACGGCAGCGGCGGUGGAAGAGGUGGCUGCGCCAUGUUGUUAGACACGGAGUGAUUGGCAGUGCUAUUACCCCCAUGGUUGAUUCCGUCCAAGAAGAGAGCUCGGGAUGCCCUAGCCUUCUCUCUCUGAUCCAGGAGCUGGAGGCUAGACAGCGCUGGUGGCACGCUCAGGCCAGAGACCACACCGACUACCGCACAGGAAUCCCCAAGCCGAACAGCGAAGUACCCACGAGUGAGGGUGGCCAGCCGCAGGAUACAGAAUAUAUGUGCAGCCGCAUGGCAGGUACAGCCAGGCAGGUGAUAGAUCGAUUUGAAUUUGAUGAUGAGGAGAUGAUGGGAUGA